AUGGUUCAGUCUCCCAUGAUCUCGUGUCCGCUGAAGCAGACCAAUGAGAUCGACUGGAUCCGACCCCUCAAGGACUACAUCCGCCAGAGUUACGGUGAAGACCCCGAGCGAUACAGUCAAGAAUGCGCAACCCUCAACCGGCUGCGUCAGGAUAUGAGAGGCGCCGGGAAAGACAGUGCGACGGGUCGCGAUCUGCUCUAUCGCUAUUACGGACAGCUGGAACUCCUGGACCUGAGGUUUCCCGUCGAUGAGAAUCACAUCAAGAUCUCCUUCACCUGGUAUGAUGCGUUCACCCACAAGUCCACCUCCCAAUAUUCCCUGGCCUUCGAGAAGGCCUCCAUCAUCUUCAACAUCUCCGCCGUUCUCUCCUGCCAUGCCGCGAAUCAGAAUAGAUCGGAAGAUGCGGGACUGAAAACCGCGUACCACUCGUUCCAGGCUGCCGCUGGGAUGUUCACCUAUAUCAACGAGAAUUUCCUCCACGCGCCGUCAACCGAUUUGAACCGCGAGACUGUCAAGGCACUCAUCAACAUCGUUUUGGCCCAGGGACAGGAGAUUUUCUUAGAAAAGCAGAUCGCAGAUGACAAGAAGCCCGGUCUUUUGGCGAAACUCGCCAGCCAGUCCGCUUAUCUCUACACUCAAGCCGUGGAGGGAAUGCAAGAGACAGUAAAGGGGGUCUUUGAGAAAGUGUGGGUGAUUAUGGUGCAGGCUAAGGCGGCACAUAUGUCCUCCGUUGCUUCAUACUACCAGGCGCUAGCGGAUGGCGAGAGCGGCUCGCAUGGCGUUGCUAUCGCUAGACUUCAACUCGCUGAGAAGCACUCGACGACCGCCUUGGGAUGGGCAAAAUCGUUCCCUUCAUCCGUCCCAGCCAGCUCGAAUUUGACAUCUGAAUCCGGAUCAACCCUCGUGGAGCUAAUCAGGUUCCAUCUGACUAAUGUACAGGCCAGACUCAACACAUUUGUGAAAGACAACGAUUUCAUUUAUCACCAGCCCGUCCCGAGUGAGACCGGUCUCUCGCCGGUCGCAAAGUUGCCGGCGGCAAAGGCCAUCCCCGUCAGCGAGCUUUAUCAGGGACAGGAUAUACAGCGCAUCAUCGGUCCCGACAUUUUCCAGAAGCUGGUUCCUAUGUCCGUGACAGAGACCGCGAGUCUCUAUGAUGAGGAGAAAGCCAAAUUGAUCCGGGCUGAGGCGGAGAAGGUCGAGACAGCAAACGGAGAGAUGGCAGCUAGUCUCGACUACCUGAAGCUGCCUGGCAGUCUGAAUAUCCUAAAGGGUGGAAUGGACCAAGAAAUGACCGUCGACGAAGAGUUCCGCCAAUGGUGUCAAGAGCUUGCCGGCCACCAAUCUUUCUCAAAGGCCUUUGACAGCUUACACGAACGCAAAUCCGAGGUUCUUUCACAGUUGGACCACUGUGCCAAACAACUCGACCUGGAAGAGAGUGUCUGUGAGAAGAUGCGAUCCAAAUACGGUGCCGACUGGAGUCAGCAACCGAGUGCUAGAUUGAACACUACACUGCGUGGCGAUGUGCGGACCUACCGAGACACGAUCAACGAAGCUAGUGCCAGCGACACGCAGCUGUUGUCCACAUUUCGACAGUACGAGGCGGAUUUCGACGAAAUGCGUUCCGCGGGCGAGACCGAUGAGGCCGACGUGCUUUUCCAGAGGGCGAUGAUCAAGGCGGGAUCCAAGUACGGCAAGGGCAAGAAUGGCCAUGGCAGUCCGUAUUCGGCUACUCCGGAAGGCAGUCUACUCGACGAUGUCUAUGACGAGGGCAGCCUGUCGGUGGCAGAUCAAAUCGCCAGGGUCGAGUCGAUUUUGAAAAAGUUAAACCUCCUCAAGCGGGAGCGGGCCCAGGUUUUGAAGGACUUGAAGGAGAAGGUCCACAACGACGACAUCUCCAACGUCUUGAUUCUCAACAAAAAGUCCAUCGCAGGACAGGAGAGUCAGCUUUUUGAGGCUGAGCUGGAGAAAUUCCGUCCGCACCAGAACCGGCUCCUCCAGGCGAACCACAAGCAAUCCUCCUUGAUGAAGGAACUGACCAAGACCUAUGGCGACCUGUUGCAGGACAAGCGGGUCCGCGCCGAGCAGUCGAAGUACGAAACCAUAACCCGCCAAAGAAACACCGUCAUGGCGCGAUACAAAAAGAUAUACGAUUCAUUCAACAGCCUCCGGUCCGGUAUCACGCAGGCACAGACCUUUUACUCGGAGAUGGCGGAAACGGUCGACAGUCUGAAGAAAAACGUCGAGACUUUCAUCAACAACCGGCGAUCAGAGGGGGCGCAGCUGCUGGGUCAGAUCGAGCGUGACAAGGCCAGCAGUGUAGGUGAACAGGAGGACCGGGAGCGCGAGAAGCUCCGACAACUCAUGGAGCGCCUGUCCACCGAUCCCAAGCCCACGUCGGCGACCUCGACCUCGCCCGGCAUCCCAUCCAAAGUCAAGUCCCCUCCUCCUCCCGUCCAAACUCCGAGCUACCCAACACCCGGCAUAUCCUCUCCGAAGAUGUCGCCGCAUUACCCUCCUGCGCCCGUCUCCGGACAAGCGCACGGCGUUCCCCUCUCCCACUCCCCUGCGCCCUACGCGCAGUACAUGCCUCCAGGCACCGGGGUUCCAUACAACCCCGGCACGCCGUUCCAACAAGGAGCCGCAGCGCCCCUAACAGAGGGCUACAAUCCCAUGGCAUACCCAGUGCCACCCUCCGUGUCACCCCCUCCAACACAACAGUAUUUCUCAUCCACCCCGACUCCGUACAGCGCCUACGGAGUGCCAACCCCAGCGGCUGCUCCGUCACAGUUCAUGCCACAGGGCUACGUGCCGCCUCCGCCUCCGCCGCGGCCCCAGCAAACCACGUACCCGCCGUCGACGGGGCCGUUCCCGUCCGGACCGGGAGGCUACGCGCAAAGCAGACCGUACGGUGCGAGCCAGCACCACAAAGCCCAGUCGCAGUCCUCGCAGGCGGGUGCGUCGAGCAACGACCCGUGGGCCGGACUGAACGCUUGGAAGUGA